CACUCGCUCAUCAAGCCUUACCAGGGGGUCGGGUCCAGUUCCAUGCCGCUGUGGGACUUCCAGGGCAGCACGAUGCUGACCAGCCAGUACGUCCGCCUGACGCCCGACGAGCGCAGCAGGGAGGGCUCCAUCUGGAACUCGUAGCCCUGCUUCCUCAAGGACUGGGAGCUGCACGUCCACUUCAAGGUGCACGGGGUGGGCAAGAAGAACCUGCAUGGGGACGGCCUGGCCCUGUGGUACACGCGGGAGCGCCUCGUCCCAGGUCCUGUGUUUGGCAGCAAGGAUAACUUCCAUGGCCUGGCCAUCUUCCUGGACACCUACCCAAACGAUGAAGCGACUGAGCGUGUGUUCCCGUACAUCUCGGCCAUGGUGAAUAAUGGCUCCCUGUCCUACGACCACAGCAAAGAUGGGCGCUGGACAGAGCUGGCAGGCUGCACUGCUGACCUGAGGAAUCGGAACCACGACACCUUCCUGGCAGUUCGCUAUUCCAGGGGUCGGCUGACGGUGAUGACUGACAUGGAGGACAAGAAUGAGUGGAAGAACUGCAUCGAUAUUGCAGGAGUCCGACUGCCCACUGGCUACUUCUUCGGGGCUUCUGCUGGCACUGGGGAUCUGUCUGACAAUCAUGACAUCAUCUCAAUGAAGCUGUUCCAGCUCAUGGUGGAGCAUCCUCCUGAGGACGAGAACAUUGACUGGACUAAGAUUGAGCCUAGCGUCAGCCUCCUCAAGUCGCCCAAAGACAACGUGGAUGACCCAACCGGGAACUUCCGGAGCGGGCCCCUCACGGGCUGGAAGGUGUUCCUGCUGCUGCUCUGCGCCCUGCUGGGCAUCAUCGUGUGCGCUGUGGUGGGCGCCGUGGUUUUCCAGAAGCGGCAGGAGCGGAACAAGCGUUUCUACUAGCAGACCAGGCCCGGCGGCCUCAGUGACUUAUUCUAAGGGGGGUCGGACAUGGCUCCGGUUUGUAAACGUCGUUUCUGAGAAAUAACAGGAUAUUUUUGUAUCUCUCA